CCUUGGAGGGAUCAGAUCACUCACAGUAACUAUGGUGCUGCACAAAGACUCCUACAUUGGGCUCAAUGAUGGGCACAAAAUGCCAGUUCUUGGGUUUGGCACUUAUGCUCCAGAGAAGUUCCCCAAGAAUAUGGCAGAGGAGGGAGUCAAAGUGGCCAUUGAUGUUGGAUACCGCCAUAUUGACUGCGCUUUUAUCUACGGGAACGAGGUGGAGGUUGGACGGGCGAUAAGAGCAAAGAUUGCCGAUGGUACAGUGAAGAGGGAGCAAUUGUUUUACACUGGGAAGCUCUGGUCCACCUUCCAAGCCCCCGAGAGGGUCCGUCCAGCCCUGGAGAAAUCUCUGAAAGAUCUUCAGUUGGAUUACAUGGAUCUCUUCAUCAUCCACAACCCCAUAGAGUUCAAGCCUGGAGAUGAUCCCAUGCCAAUGGGCGAAGAUGGGAAACCUAUUUUCCAUAACACAGACCUUAGAGAUACAUGGAAGGCUCUGGAAGAGUGCAAAGACUCCGGGCUGGUCAGAUCCAUCGGGGUGUCCAAUUUUAACCACAAGCAGCUGGAGCUGAUCCUCAAUAUGCCUGGUCUGAAAUAUAAACCCGUCUGUAACCAGGUGGAAUGUCACAUCUACCUGAACCAGAGCAAACUGCUGGAGUUCUGCAAGUCCAAGGACAUUGUGCUGGUGGCAUAUGGUGUCUUGGGUUCCACCAGGGAUGAGAACUGGAUAGAUCAGACCACCCCUAUACUCCUGGAAAACCCUGUGUUGAAUGCCAUCGCUAAGAAACACAAUUGCUCCCCCGCUCAUGUAGCAAUGCGGUACCAGCUCCAGCGAGGGGUCGUCGCCCUUGCCAAGAGCUUUACCCCGGCCAGGAUCAAGGAUAACUUCAAGGUUUUCGACAUUCAGUUGGACGACGAAGACAUGAAAAAUAUCGAUGGAAUAAACAGGAACUUGCGUUAUGUCGACAUCACUGUCUGGUCGGACCACCCAAAAUAUCCGUUCCAUGAGGAAUACUGAUCCCUGACUCUCCCAAUGUGCAUCGAGCAGAAGAUCCACGUUUGCCACUAACCGGCCCAAACUCAUUUUGUGCCAUGAACAGCCCUCUCCUCCUCUCCUCGUUGCCUGGAUAUUAAAAGACAAGGGCCAGAUAUUCCGAAUUGUUUCCGGCAAUCACCGUUGGAUCACUGAUACCUACAUCCGGCCGCUGAAUGUAUUCAAUGUGAUGGAGAUGAUAAGGUUUAAUAAAAUCUAUCCACGAGGACA